CUAGCAGACUCUCUUAUCUCCAGGUCACACAAUAGAGCCACCAUAGCUCUGGACCUGUAAUCCCACUUCGACAAUGCUCGCCAGCCGGUUCGCCGCUCCAGCGCGGCAAUGCUUCAGACAAUGCGCUCGACCAGCCUUUGCCCAGACGCAACCGCGCAGCCACGCAACCGCACAAGCAGACAAGGUCGCCAAGUUCAAGGGACAGAAGGGCUCCGAUGGCAAAUACACAGUAACACUCAUCGAGGGUGACGGUAUCGGUCCAGAAAUCGCCGACGAGGUCAAGAACAUCUACUCCGCCGCGAACGUCCCGAUCAAGUGGGAAUCCGUCGACGUUACUCCCAGACUCGAAGAUGGCAAGACUGUCAUCCCGAAAGAGGCCAUUGACUCAGUGACACGCAACUACGUCGCCCUCAAAGGGCCCCUCGCAACACCCAUUGGCAAGGGUCACGUCUCGCUCAACCUCACCCUCCGAAGAACAUUCAACCUCUUUGCCAACUUGAGACCUUGCAAGAGCAUUGCAGGAUACAAGACCCCAUACGAUAAUGUAGACACAGUACUCAUCCGCGAGAACACCGAGGGAGAAUACUCUGGAAUUGAGCACGUGGUAGUGGACGGGGUCGUGCAAUCCAUCAAGCUUAUCACAAAAGAGGCCUCGGAGAGAGUGCUGCGAUUCGCAUUCCAACAUGCACAGGACAUCGGCCGAAAGAAGGUCCGCGUUGUACACAAGGCCACCAUCAUGAAGAUGUCAGACGGCCUCUUCUUGAACCUCGCCCGAGAAAUUGCAAAGGAGUACCCUAAUAUUGAGUUCGAUGCCGAGAUGCUCGACAACACCUGCUUGAAGAUGGUCACAGACCCAGUCCCAUAUAACGACAAGGUUCUGGUCAUGCCAAACCUUUACGGAGACAUUCUUUCCGAUAUGUGCGCUGGUUUGAUCGGUGGUCUCGGUCUGACCCCAUCUGGAAACAUUGGUGACGAGUGCUCCAUCUUCGAGGCUGUCCACGGCUCCGCUCCAGAUAUUGCUGGCAAGGGCUUGGCUAACCCAACUGCCCUCCUUUUGUCUUCUAUUAUGAUGUUGCAACAUAUGGGCCUGACACAAGAGGCCGACAGAAUACAGAACGCCAUUUUCAAGACUUUGUCCGAAGGAAAGGCACUGACUGGAGACUUGGGCGGCAAGGCAAAGACUGCCGAGUACGCUGACGCAAUUAUCAAGAACUUGUAGAUACCAACCCCAGCAUCUUGUUUUGAUAUCGGCCUCGAUCGGCGCCACGCAUGAUCCUUCGGCGUUUGUACCAUAGCCUUUGGGUAUGCAAAAAGAGCGAAGCUGAAGAUACAUUAAAACCGCAAACAGAUUUCACACUUG